AUGAACACAUCAUCAUCAUCAUCAUCAUCAUCAUCAUCAUCAUCAUCAUCAUCAUCAUCAUCAUCAUCAAACUCUUUAGACUCUACACAACAACAGAUUGAUAAAAUCUAUAAAAUGACAGUUGAAGAAUAUUUAGAACAACAAUUCCAAGAUCAAGUAGAUCAAAUCAACCACACUGUAGAACAACAAACUAAAAACAUGUUGCAAGAGGCAAACAAUACCAAAAAAGAUUUAAAACAUAUAUCUACUCAACAAUAG